AUGGCAUCCUUCUCGAAUGCGGAUACCGGCAACAAGUCUUCUGGGCAAUACUAUGAAAAGAAUGUCGACAACGACGUGACUCUAAAGGAAAAGGUCGAAACCCUCGUUAAGUUCGUCUCGUCGUGCAAAUUCGGCAUGAUGACAACGCAUGAUGUGGUGAGCGGCAAGCUAGUGUCUCGCUGCAUGGCCAUCGCAGGCAAGGAGGGUGGCGACAUAGACCUCACCUUCACCACGAAUACCGAAUCACACAAGACCGACGAGCUCAAGGCCGACAAGCACACCAACAUAUCCUUCUGCGACAGCUCAGGCCAAUGGGCUUCAUUCGCAGGCAACGCCAGCAUCGAAACCGACCGAGACGCCGUGAAGAAGUUCUACAGCCCGACGCUGAAAGCAUGGCUCGGGGACCUCGGCGACGGCAUCCACGACGGAUCGGCAGACGACCCGCGGAUCGGAGUCUUGAGAGUCAGGACCAGCUCGGUGACGUACGCGAUCACGGAUAAGACGCUGGCGGGGAGGAUGGCUGAGGUGGCUAAGGGGACGAUUACCGGGGAGCCGGCUCGGGUUAAUAAGCUGCGGGAGAUUAGCGAGGGUGAGGUUCGGCAGUGGAGGGCUACGGCUGCGAAGGAGGGUUAGGACGGGACGGGAUGAGACUUUGGGGCGCGGCUGUGCGUCUUGUUUUAGGUAUUGUAACGUUAGGUACCUAGUAGGCAAUGGCUAACUCGCCAUAACUAC